UCAAAUAAUUUGAUCAUUAAAUUUACUUGAAUUAAUGAAAAUGUCAAUUUCUCUUUUUUCUCUGUCUUUAGACUACGUUUCUUAUGUAAUAGGCAUCGUGGUUAUCAUCCCGUUACUGAUUUGGGCUAUUGUCGAAUUGAAUGAAUAUCGAACUAAACAACAAUGUAAACGACAAAAUCUUCCAUACGCUAGGGUUCCCGCAUGGAAUUUCGUUGCAUUAUUUGGCAAACGUUUUGAUAUGGUUAUAAGCGAUACAAUACGUAAACAUGGUAAAGUUUUUGGUUUCAACAUGUGGAAUCAUUUAAACAUAUCGAUCGCUGAUCCCGAGUUGGCACAAAUUGUAUGUAAUCGUGAAUUUACUAAAUUUGCUAAUCAUCAUAAUAUGGCUGUUAGCGAUCCAGUAUGGGAUAAUUUCCUAUUUGUUCUUAAAGAUGAAGAUUGGAAACGUUUACGUGCAAUAAUUUCACCUACAUUUAGUACGGGUAAAUUACGUAAAAUGAAACCAUGUCUUGAUGAUACUAUCAAAUUGAUGGCUAAAAAUUUGGAUGAAAAAAUUUUGAAAAAUCCUGCCGUUAAUAUGAAAGAAAUCGUUGGUGCAUACACAAUGGAUAGUAUUAUACAGAUUUCUAUGGGAAUCAAAAUUGACACGAUACAUGAUCCAAAUAAUUUAAUCAUUCAGAAUGCAUCAAAACUAUUUGGUCAAGGAAUGUCAUUCACCGAGUUGACGAUAUUUGCAUUGGCAACGGCAUUUCCUAAUUUUGUCAAAUUGUUGGGAUUCAAAUUUCAAGCAGAAGCGAUGAAAUUUUUAGCAAACAUUUCAAGAGAAAUAAUUCAAAAGAAACGCGAAGAAAUGAAAAUCCGAUCAAAAUCACAAAAAGCAAGUAAUUUUAUCGAAUUGAUUCUUGAAGUUGAACAAGAACAGAAACAAGUUUUGGAACAAAGUGGUAAACCAUUCAAAUAUGUCAAUAACGAUGAGCUUAUUGCUCAAUGUAUUACAUUUUUCACUGCUGGUUACGAUACUACAUCAUCUGCAAUAUUGUUUGCCAUUUAUUUGUUGGCUUCUAAUCCUGAUAAACAAGAAAAACUUCACCAAAGCAUAAUCGAUACGAUUGAAAAAUUAGCCAAACAAAGAGAUGGUGACUGCGAUGAUCCUUAUGAAUUGAUUACUUUUGAUUCAUUGAAUAAUUUUGAAUAUUUGAAUGCUGUCCUGAAUGAAUCAAUGCGAUCACUAACAUUGGUAUUCGUUAUUGAUCGAGUAGCUGUAGAAGAUGUACGUCUGGAAACUAGUGAUAAAAAAAUCUGGUUCGAUGUUCGAAAAGGUGACAUCAUUCGUAUACCGCCGAUUGAUCUACAUAAUGAUCCGGAAAAUUUUUGUGAUCCAGAAAAAUUUAUACCAGAACGUUUUCUUGCUGAAAACACUGCAAAACCAUUCAAUAAAAUGGCAUUCAUGCCAUUUGGAAGUGGACCACGUAAAUGUGUGGCAACAAGUUUAGCUUUAUUAGAAGCUAAAAUGGCAUUGCUUCAUCUAUUUCGAAUGUAUAGAUUCAGUUUGGAUCCAAAAACCAAGCUAGACUAUAAUGUUAUUUUAGAUUCUUUGAUACCCAAAGAUAUUAUUUUGCGUGUAGAUAAACGUUGAUAUUUUAUGAUUGAUGAAAGCGGUUUAUUUGUUUGCAAAUAUAAAGACGGUUUGAAAAAAAAAUUUAUCAAGAUCAAAUUUAUCAAUGGAAAUAACGAUUGAUUGAUUGAUUUCAAUUUCGAAUCAGUCUUUAUUAUAGUCAUCGUUUAACUUUUAGAAAUAUAUCAUGUAUUUAAUCAACAAAACGUCACAUUUUCAAUAAAUGUCCAAGGACACACAUGCACAUGUUGAUUUAAGAAAAUUGA